UGGAAAAACAAUCUCCGUAUAAAACCUAACAGCAACGCUAAUACUUGGACCAACUCGUACCGCGCAACGCUUUUCCUGUUGUUCUAUCGCCGCCGACCUUCGUUCUCCGAGAAGUUGAAGCUUGCCGCAAUGAGGGGAAGGAGCUACACUCCGUCACCACCAAGGGGGAGUUAUGGGAGGAGGGGUCGAAGAAGCCCAAGCCCUAGAGGAGGCCGUUACGGUGGAGCUCGUAGCGUGGACCUCCCGACCAGUCUCUUGGUUCGCAAUCUACGCCAUGACUGCAGGCAAGAAGAUCUCAGGAGGUCAUUCGAGCAGUUUGGGCCUCUUAAGGACAUCUAUAUGCCUAGGGAUUACUAUACUGGAGAUCCGCGAGGGUUUGGUUUCGUACAGUUUGUGGAUCCUGCUGAUGCUGCGGAGGCAAAAUAUCAAAUGGAUGGUUACCAUCUACUUGGGCGUGAGCUGACUGUUGUGUUUGCAGAAGAGAACAGGAAGAAACCGACUGAAAUGAGAGCAAGGGAGCGUGGUGGAGGAAGGAGCAUCAGGUCUCGAGACAGGAGGCGUAGUCCCCCUCGUUACUACUCUCGCUCUCCUCCACCUCGACGUGGUAGAUCUCGAUCACGGAGUGGUGAUUAUUAUUCUCCUCCCUCUACAAGACAUCACUCAAGGUCUAUCUCUCCCAGGGAAGAACGAUAUGCUAGAGGGAGGUCAUACUCGCGCUCACCCGCCUACAAUGGCUCCAGGGGUCGCAGUGUAACUCCAGCUAGAAGUAAGAGACGCAGCAUAAGCCGUAGCCCAAGUCCAGGAAGAAGCAUUAGCCCUAGUCCGAGAAGAAACGUAAGCCGUAGUCCAAGCCCGAGGAGAAGCAGGAGCAACACACCUGUACCAGCCAGAGGCCGCAGCCCAAGGAGAAAGAGGAGGAGCAACACACCUAUACCAACCAGAAGCAGCCCUAAGAGAAAGCGGAGCAACACACCUAUACCAGCCAGAAGCCGCAGCCCUAAGAGAAAGAGGAGCAACACACCUAUACCAGCUAGAAACCGCAGCCAGCGUGAGGAGGAGUACGAAGACCGUUCACCAAGCCAGUGAUUGUUUCUUCACUCUCUUAAUAGUGUUUUCUCUAGUUGAUGGUUGUCUCUCUUUUUUUUUUCUUAUCCUAAGACAAAAGUUAUGAUGAUUUGAAAAGAUGAGAUCUACGUAGAGGUCGAAUGUUGGCUUUUAUGUCUUGAUGGUUUAUUGAGUAUUUUGGGAACA